AGCAUUAACCAAAGGGUGUGUUCAAACUACUGUGCGUUAAUUAGAAACAAUUAGAAAUGGCUACUCCAUUAGUUCCAAGAGAGUAUGUACGUCAGCAGCUCAAGUCCAUGGGAAUAAAUGAGAUAUCAGAGCAAGAGUUGGAGUCAUACACUAGAGAUUUCUCUCGAUUGAUCCAAGAGCAUAUUGACCAUGACUCCACAUCGAGCAGUGACCUCUCUUCACUCAGUGAUGCAGCUCAACCACGCCCACUAUCAUCAUGCAGUGUCAGCUCAGUGGAGGUGACCCCCCUCAACACACACCACCCCCCACCACCACGCUCGGCACUAUUCAAGACAUUUCCCGGGAACAAGGAGAACAGAGUACAGCUGCUAUCCCCCUCAAACUCCAUCUUACUCUCUCCCGUUAAAAAUAUUUCAAAUGCAACCUCAAAAAAUAUAGCCGACGGCCGCAGAAUAGUCACAAGAAAGGUGUUAAGGAAGUGUAAUGGUGAAUCUAGAGUGUUUGAUGAAUCGCUGAGCAGUUCAGCACCAGGCAGUCCUGCUAAAGAACUCUCCAGACAGUUGUCCGAGCUCUCACUGACCUCUGUGACCUCCAGUGAGGGAAGUGUGAGGGGGGACGGCAGCCGCCCACACAUAUGCAAAUCAUUUAUUCGGCCCCUCCUAGUACAGCCUCACAUGAAGGGCCUCAAGAAGAGCGACCCUGUGGCACGCUAUCAUGAGUUCCAUAAACUGUGGGAGGCACAGAGACCCCCCGGGGAGAAGAGCAGGAACAGACUCAGAUGGCACAUACGGGAGCAACUGCUGCAUCAAGAUGUUCCCUAUUAUGAGCCUCCAAGAAGAUCUCCUAAAGUGCCUGAAGAGUUCAUGAUCCCCGCUGACAAGAAGCGAUCUUCACUGCAAUGGGAGAUUAGACAUUAACUAGCUAAAUUGCAAUCACAUCAUAGCAUUCUGUUGAUUUGUUAUUUGCCGUCUUUCAGGGAUGGAUUGUCAAUUUUCAUUUUUAUUAUGUUUCACAAAAUAAAUGACAUCACAAAAUAAACAGUAAUGAAUUCCAUCAAGA